CAAUCUUGUGCUGCAAGCCGAUGUUCGACUAAUCGAAAGACCGCGACGCGAUGAGGCCACCGGCGAGGUGUGUUCCCUCGUGGGAAAACUGGACGGGACCCGCAUGGGUGAUCGCUACCAGCGGACGAAGCCGGAGAAAACGGAGGAGCGCAAGGUGAAGCGCCAGAAGCGAGAUGAGGCCCAGUACGAUUUCGAGCGGAUGAAGGGCGCCACUCUGCUCUCCGAGGGUAUCGACGAGAUGGUGGGCAUUGUCUACCGGCCCAAGACGCAGGAAACCCGCCAGACCUACGAGGUCCUGCUCAGUUUCAUCCAGGAGGCUCUGGGGGAUCAGCCCAGGGACAUCCUGUGCGGUGCCGCCGACGAGAUUCUGGCUGUGCUGAAGAACGAUCGCCUGAAGGAUCGGGAGCGAAAAAGGGACGUGGACAGCUUGCUGGGCGCAGUCACCGAUGAGCGCUUUGCCCUGCUGGUCAAUCUGGGCAAGAAGAUCACAGACUUUGGCAGCGAUGCGGUGAACGCUUUGACUGCUGCCCCCAACAACGAGGAGCAGAUCGAUGAAACCUACGGCAUCAAUGUGCAGUUUGAGGAAUCCGAGGAGGAGAGCGAUAACGACAUGUAUGGCGAGAUUCGCGAUGACGAUGCCCAGGAUGAGGGCGAAGAGGCGCGCAUUGAUCACACCCUGCAUGCUGAGAAUCUGGCCAACGAGGAGGCAGCCAAUAAUGUAAAGAAGGAGCGCUCCUUGCAUCCCUUGGACAUAGAUGCGUAUUGGUUGCAGCGCUGCCUGAGCAAGUUCUACAAAGAUGCCAUGGUGUCGCAGAGCAAGGCGGCCGAUGUGCUCAAGAUCCUCAAAGAUGCCGCCGACGAUCGCGAUUGCGAAAACCAACUGGUGCUUCUGCUGGGCUACGAUUGCUUUGACUUUAUCAAGCAGUUGAAACUCAACCGCCAGAUGGUCCUGUACUGCACCAUGCUGGCUUCGGCUCAGACGGACAGCGAGCGGCAAAGGAUUCGCGAGAAGAUGCGUGGAAAUUCCGCCCUGGCCAAGAUCCUCCGGCAAUUGGACACGGGAAAGGCAGAGGAUCAGGAUGAGAGUGAAUCCCGGGGCAGCAAGCGUGGCAAGGGCGAUGCCGAGGAUGGUGGAGCGGCGGCUGCAGGACAGGUGGCCGGUGUGCGGCAGCUGCUCGAGUUGGACGAGAUGGCGUUCACGCAGGGAUCCCAUUUCAUGGCCAACAAGCGCUGCCAGCUGCCCGAUGGUUCCUACAGAAAGCAGCGUAAAGGCUACGAAGAGGUGCACGUUCCUGCCCUGAAACCAGUUCCCUUUGAUGCCAAUGAGGAACUGCAGCCGGUGGACAAGCUGCCGAAAUACGUGCAACCCGUUUUCGAAGGCUUCAAGACACUUAAUCGCAUCCAAAGUCGCCUAUACAAAGCCGCUCUGGACAGUGAUGAGAAUAUGCUGCUGUGUGCCCCCACUGGAGCGGGUAAGACCAAUGUGGCCCUGCUUACCAUGAUGCGGGAGAUUGGUAAGCACAUCAACGAAGACGGGACCAUCAAUGCGCAGGACUUCAAGAUCAUCUACGUGGCUCCCAUGAAAUCGCUGGUACAGGAAAUGGUGGGCAACUUUGGACGACGCCUUGCCUGCUAUAAUCUCACGGUCUCUGAGUUGACUGGAGAUCACCAGCUGACCAGGGAACAGAUUGCUGCCACACUGAUUGUGUGCACACCGGAAAAGUGGGAUAUCAUCACUCGCAAGGGAGGAGAGCGUACAUUUGUGAGCCUUGUGCGAUUGGUUAUCAUCGAUGAGAUCCAUCUGCUCCAUGACGAGCGUGGUCCGGUGCUGGAGGCCCUGGUGGCUCGUACUAUUCGAAUUGAGACCACCCAGGAGGAGGUGCGACUGGUGGGCUUGUCUGCCACUCUGCCAAACUACCAGGAUGUGGCCACCUUCUUGCGUGUGAAGCCCGACAAAGGCCUCUUCUACUUUGACAACAGCUAUCGGCCGGUGUCCCUGGAGCAGCAGUAUAUCGGUGUGACGGAGAAGAAGGCCCUGAAACGCUUCCAGGUGAUGAACGAGAUUGUUUACGAGAAGACCAUGGAGCAUGCUGGACGGAAUCAGGUGCUGGUCUUCGUACACUCGCGCAAGGAGACUGGCAAAACGGCCAGAGCAGUGAGGGACAUGUGCCUGGAGCAAGAUACCCUCGGUAGCUUCCUGAGGGAGGGUUCAGCCAGCAUGGAAGUGCUGCGCACGGAAGCCGAGCAAGUGAAGAACACCGAGCUAAAGGAGCUGCUGCCCUACGGAUUCGCCAUCCAUCAUGCUGGAAUGACCCGUGUCGACCGUACCCUGGUGGAGGAUCUUUUCGCGGAUCGGCAUAUCCAGGUGCUGGUUUCCACCGCCACGCUAGCUUGGGGUGUGAAUCUCCCCGCUCACACGGUAAUAAUCAAAGGAACGCAGGUGUACAAUCCGGAAAAGGGACGCUGGGUGGAGCUGAGUGCUUUGGAUGUCCUGCAGAUGCUGGGUCGUGCUGGAAGACCGCAGUACGACACCAAGGGCGAGGGCAUCCUCAUCACUAACCACAGCGAGCUGCAGUUUUACCUCUCCCUGCUUAACCAGCAGUUGCCCAUUGAGUCGCAAUUCAUAUCCAAGCUGCCUGACAUGUUGAAUGCGGAGAUUGUGCUGGGAACCGUCCAACAUCUGCAGGAUGCGGUUAACUGGCUGGGAUACACUUAUCUGUACAUCAGGAUGCUGAGAAACCCCACGCUGUACGGAGUUUCUCACGAUGCCAUAAAAGCGGAUCCUCUGUUGGAGCAGCAUCGAGCGGAUCUCCUGCACACUGCAGCCUGCUGUCUGGAGCGGAGUGGUCUCGUGAAGUACGAUCGGAAGACGGGACACUUCCAGGUGACGGACCUGGGACGAAUUGCUUCUCACUACUACCUGACCCACGAAACCAUGCUGACUUACAACCAGCUGCUGAAGCAAACUCUCAGCGAGAUUGAGCUGUUCCGCGUAUUUUCUUUGUCCUCCGAGUUUCGACACAUUUCCGUCAGGGAAGAGGAAAAGUUGGAGCUGCAAAAGCUAAUGGAACGAGUACCCAUUCCAAUUAAGGAGUCCAUUGAGGAGCAUAGUGCCAAGGUAAACGUCCUGCUGCAGGCAUAUAUCUCUCAAUUGAAACUGGAGGGCUUCGCCUUGAUGUCGGACAUGGUGUUCAUCACCCAAUCCGCUGCCCGUUUGAUGCGGGCCAUCUUUGAGAUUGUCCUGACCCGCGGAUGGGCUCAAUUGGCAGACAAAACGUUGACGCUCUGCAAAAUGAUCGACCGAAGGAUGUGGCAAUCGAUGACUCCACUCAGGCAGUUCAAGAAGAUGCCCGAUGAGAUUGCCAAGAAGCUGGAGAAGAAGCACUUCCCUUGGGGUAGGCUCUAUGACUUGGAGCCCCAUGAACUGGGUGAGCUGAUAAGAGUGCCCAAGCUCGGCAAAACCAUCCACAAGUUUGUGCACCAGUUUCCCAAGCUGGAGCUCUCCACGCACAUUCAACCCAUAACAAGGGGAACACUAAGAGUGGAGCUCACCAUCACCCCAGACUUCCAAUGGGACGAGAAGGUGCAUGGCGCGUCCGAAGGUUUCUGGGUGUUGAUUGAAGAUGUGGACUCUGAACUCAUUCUCCAUCACGAGUUCUUCCUGCUGAAGCAGAAGUACUCCCAGGACGAGCAUCAGCUCAAAUUCUUUGUGCCCGUUUUUGAGCCACUGCCGCCGCAGUACUUCCUCCGGAUUGUCUCGGAUCGGUGGAUAGGUGCAGAGACCCAGUUGCCCGUCUCCUUCCGACACUUGAUUCUGCCCGAGAAGAACAUGCCACCUACGGAACUGUUGGAUCUGCAACCGCUGCCCAUUAGUGCUUUGCGGCAACCCAAGUUCGAAGCGUUUUACUCGCAACGCUUCCCGCAGUUCAAUCCCAUCCAGACGCAGGUCUUCAACGCGGUCUACAACAGUGAUGAAAACGUCUUUGUGGGAGCUCCAACUGGAUCCGGAAAGAUGACCAUUGCAGAGUUUGCCAUUAUGCGCUUGUUUACCACUCAAACGGAUGCCCGAUGUGUGUACUUGGUUUCGCAGGAGGCUCUGGCGGAUCUGGUCUUUGCGGAUUGGCAUGGAAAGUUUGGUGCGCUGGACAUAAAAGUGGUUAAAUUAACGGGCGAAACCGGCACCGAUCUGAAGCUAAUUGCCAAGGGACAGCUGGUAAUCACCACUGCGGAUAAGUGGGAUGUCUUGUCGCGCAGGUGGAAGCAGAGGAAGAACGUGCAACUGGUGAACCUAUUCAUUGUGGACGAGCUGCAGCUGGUGGGCGGAGAGGAUGGUCCUGUGCUGGAGAUUGUGUGCUCUAGAAUGCGGUACAUUAGCUCGCAGAUUGAGAAGCAGAUCAGGAUAGUGGCCUUGUCCGCCUCGCUGACCGAUGCCAGGGAUGUGGCCCAGUGGCUGGGCUGUAAUCCGAAUGCCACCUUCAACUUCCACCCAAGUGUGCGGCCCAUUCCGCUGGAGCUGCACAUCCAAGGAUUUAAUGUCACCCACAAUGCCACCAGGAUAGCCACAAUGUCCAAGCCGGUUUACAAUGCCAUUCUCAAGUACAGCGCCCACAAGCCUGUGAUUGUUUUCGUCUCGUCCAGAAAGCAGGCCAGGCUCACGGCUAUUGAUGUCCUGACCUACGCCGCCUCGGACUUGCAGCCAAAUCGAUUCUUCCAUGCCGAGGAGGAGGACAUCAAGCCCUUCCUGGAGCGAAUGACGGACAAGACUUUGAAGGAGACCUUAGCCCAAGGAGUGGCCUACCUCCACGAGGGACUGUCCGCCUCCGAUCAUCGCCUGGUGGAACAGCUCUUUGACUCCGGAGCUGUGCAAGUGGCUGUUGUCUCCAAGGACCUGUGCUGGGGCAUGAGCAUCUCGGCUCACUUGGUGAUCAUCAUGGACACACAGUUCUACAACGGCAAGAAUCAUUCGUACGAGGAUUAUCCCAUUACCGAUGUGCUGCAGAUGAUUGGACGAGCCAAUCGGCCCAACGAGGAUGCGGAUGCCAAGUGCGUGCUGAUGUGCCAGAGCAGCAAGAAGGACUUCUUCAAGAAGUUCAUCAACGAACCGCUGCCCAUUGAAAGUCAUUUGGAUCAUCGAAUGCACGAUCACUUUAACGCGGAGGUGGUGACCAAGACAAUUGAGAACAAGCAGGAUGCCGUGGACUAUCUCACCUGGACGUUCCUGUACAGGAGAUUGACCCAAAAUCCCAAUUACUACAAUCUGCAGGGCGUCACGCAUCGCCAUCUGUCCGAUCAUCUAUCGGAGUUGGUGGAAAAUACGCUGAGCGAUCUCGAGCAGUCAAAGUGUAUCAGCGUGGAGGACGAUAUGGACACUCUGCCACUUAAUCUGGGCAUGAUUGCGGCCUACUAUUACAUUAACUACACAACGAUUGAACUCUUCAGUUUGUCAUUAAACAGCAAAACGAAAGUGCGUGGCCUGCUGGAGAUCAUUUCGUCCGCCGCUGAAUACGAGGAUGUGGUGGUCAGGCACCAUGAGGAGCAGGUUCUACGCACCCUGUCGCAGCGAUUACCAAACAAGCUCACCGGGCCCAAUGAAACGGCUCCAAAGUUCAAUGAUCCACACAUUAAGACCAAUUUGCUGCUCCAGGCUCAUCUUUCGCGUUUGCAAUUGGGACCCGAACUGCAGGGUGACACGGAGCAGAUACUUAGCAAGGCAAUCCGACUCAUCCAAGCCUGUGUGGAUGUGCUGAGUUCGAAUGGCUGGCUUUCGCCGGCUGUGGCUGCCAUGGAGCUCGCGCAGAUGGUCACACAGGCCAUGUGGACCAAGGAUUCGUAUUUGAAACAGUUGCCGCACUUCAGUCCCGAGAUUGUCAAGCGAUGCACAGAAAAGAAAAUCGAAACCGUUUUCGACAUCAUGGAACUGGAGGAUGAGGACCGCACCCGCCUGCUGCAGCUCUCCGAUUUGCAAAUGGCCGAUGUGGCCCGUUUCUGUAACCGGUAUCCCAACAUUGAGCUCAACUACGAGGUGGUGGACAAAGAUCGCAUCAACUCAGGCUCAACCGUCAAUGUGGUGGUUCAACUGGAGCGUGAGGAUGAAGUGACCGGCCCAGUCAUCGCACCCUUCUUCCCGCAGAAACGCGAAGAGGGAUGGUGGGUGGUCAUCGGUGAUCCCAAGACCAACUCCCUGCUCUCCAUCAAACGGCUCACGCUGCAGCAGAAGGCAAAGGUCAAGCUGGACUUUGUGGCCCCCAGUCCGGGCAAACACGAGUACAAGUUGUACUACAUGAGCGAUUCCUACUUGGGUUGCGAUCAGGAGUACAAGUUUUCCAUCGAAGUGGGUGACUUCCAGUCGGAAAGCGAGAGCGAGUCGGAUUAGUUAUGUUAAGGAACAUUAGUUGGGCAUAGUCGCGCAAAUAAAGAUCAACCAUUUUACAAUUCAA